AUGGAUCAAUUUAUUUCUAAAAAUAAAUUAAAAUGGAUUCCUUAUGAUAAAUUUGAAAAUAUUAAUAAAUAUUCUGAUAAAAAAGGAUUUAGUACUAUAUAUGAAGCUAAAUAUAAAGAAAUCAAAGUAAUUCUUAAAGAUUUUGAUUAUCUUAAUAAUUCAAAUGAAAGUUUAAAUGAAUGGAAAAUUAUUGAUUCAGAUAAAAUUAUUAGAAUAUAUGGAUUUACAAAAAAUCCAGAUACUUUGAAUUAUAUAUUAAUAAUGGAAUAUACAAAUAAAGGUAAUUUAAGAAAAUGCUUAACAGAAAUAACAAAAACCUGGAAACAAAAAUUAUUUAAUUUAUAUAAAAUUAUUGAUGGUCUUAAUGAUAUUCAUAAAGAAGAUCUUAUUCAUUAUAACUUUUAUGAUGACAAUAUUUUAUGUCAUGAAUAUGAAGAAAAUAUGUAUGGAAUUUAUAUUAGUGAUUAUUUAGGAUUGCACCAACUUACAAAAUCCUUAAAUAAUAUUUAUGGUAUUAUACCAUUUAUGGCACCUGAAAUUUUAAAAGGUCAAUCUUAUACUCAAGCUAGUAAUAUAUAUAGUUUUUCUAUGAUUAUGUGGGAAUUUACAUCUGGAAUUUCACCAUUUAAUGAUAAAGCACAUGAUAAUCUUCAACUUGCUUUAGAUAUUUGUAAAGGUGAAUGUCCUGAAAUUAUUAAAAAUACUCCACAAUGUUAUGUAGAUUUAAUGGAAAAAUGUUGGAAUGAAGAUCCAUUAAAAAGGCCAUCUGCAUCAAAAAUUUUAAAUAUUAUUAAAAAUUGGAUUUCUUUUCCUUUAGAAAAGAAAAUUGAAGAUAUUAAUGAAGAAUUAAAAAGCAAUAUUAUGGAAUUUAUAAAUGCAUCAAGUAAUAAUUAUAUUAAUCAUAUUGUAAAUUCUUAUUCACAAAUAUACUAUACAAGUCAUUUACAUAAUUUUACUAGUAAAGAUUUAAAUGAAAUUCUAUUUCUUAAAUUAAAACAAGAGCUCUUUAAAUUAGAAAAAAUUGCUGAAAUUAAUAAUCAAAAUUUUCAAAAUGAACAUCAAAUGGAAAAAAAUAAUUUGCAAAUUCAAUUAGUUCAAUUAAAAGCUAAUAUUUAA